CUUGGGGAGGGGGAGGAAGCUGAGGCGUCCGGCCUCCGCGGGGGUCCGUUGGAAGCCGCGGGCUUCCUACCCGUCGGCCGCUUCCCCCACCUCGACGCUCUGAGGCCUCCUCGCUCGGCCUCUGGGCCCCAUUUCUUCCGCUCUUCUGAGAAGAAGGAGGUGCCACCUUGUGAGAAGGGCCGGGCCCAGCUAAAAGUAGAGGCAGCUGGUGGGGGCAGGGAGGCGCCUCGGAGGUUUGAACCUCCAGGAGGAAGAAGGGGAGGGGGCGGCGGUGGGAGGAGACGAGGAGUUCCGAGUCGGGCUGUGUAGAUACUGGGCGAGCGGUGUAUCCGUCAGGUCCUCAGCCUCGUAACCGGGCGGUAGUAGCACGGAUCACUUGAAUCGUUUAGGGAGGGGGGGAAGGGACCAGGAGAGAACCGCCCCCUCCCCCACCCCCGUUUACUCCCCCUCCCCUCAGUGGUCUCCCGGAGGAGAUUGGUUGGAACUCCCUGAGCUGUCCCCCGCCGGGGCCUAGUUCUCACCUCCGGAGGAGGGACCGGGGCACCGGGCGGGGGGAGGAGAAGUAGGCGGAGAGACCGGGGCAUUGGGGGAAGGAGGAGGAGGAGGAGGAAGAGAGACCGGGGCCGCGGCCGGAGGAGGAGGAGGAGGAGGAGGCGGAGGGAACGGGCCCCGGUGGGGGGGGGCGGAGCGGCCGCCGCGGGUUUGUUUUCUCGGCAGUAGACAUGGCAGACGAGACCCCCAAGAAGGGGAACUUUUCGGCUCUCGUUGGACACACCAAUGGCCUCACGAAACCCGCUUCCCUGGCGGCGGCCGCAGUCGCCACGAAACCCGGGGGGGGCGGGGGCAGUGGCGGCUCCUCAAAGAAAUUAGUGAUUAAAAAUUUCAGAGACAGACCGAAAUUGCCAGAUAAUUAUACUCAGGAUACAUGGCAGAAACUUCAUGAAGCAGUGAGAGCCAUACAAAGUAGCACCUCCAUUAAAUACAACCUUGAAGAACUCUACCAGGCUGUUGAAAAUCUCUGUUCUUACAAAGUGUCCCCAACACUCUACAAGCAACUACGACAGGUUUGUGAAGAUCAUGUCAAAGCACAAAUCCUUCAGUUCAGAGAAGAUUCUCUAGAUAGUGUUUUAUUUUUAAAGAAGAUAAACAAAUGCUGGCAAGAUCAUUGCAGACAAAUGAUCAUGAUUAGAAGUAUUUUCUUGUUUUUGGAUCGUACUUAUGUACUUCAGAAUUCAAUGCUUCCUUCUAUAUGGGACAUGGGACUAGAACUAUUUAGAAACCAUGUUAUUAGUGAUAAGCUGGUUCAAAGUAAAACUAUUGAUGGAAUUCUUCUGUUAAUUGAACGAGAGAGAAAUGGUGAAGCUGUAGACAGGAGCUUAUUACGAAGUCUUUUGAGCAUGCUCUCUGAUCUUCAAGUCUAUAAAGAUUCGUUUGAGCAGAAAUUUUUGGAAGAGACUAACUGUUUAUAUGCUGCAGAAGGCCAAAGACUUAUGCAAGAAAGAGAGGUCCCAGAAUACCUUAACCAUGUCAACAAACGUUUAGAAGAAGAAGGAGACAGAGUAAUAACAUAUUUAGAUCACAGCACACAGAAACCACUAAUUGCUUGUGUGGAGAAGCAGCUUUUAGGUGAACAUUUAACAGCAAUUCUACAAAAAGGACUUGAUAACUUGCUUGAUGAAAACAGAGUGCCUGAUCUCACACAGAUGUACCAAUUGUUCAGUCGAGUAAAAGGAGGGCAACAGAUACUACUGCAGCACUGGAGUGAAUACAUCAAGACUUUUGGAACAACAAUCGUAGUUAAUCCUGAAAAGGACAAAGAUAUGGUGCAAGAACUAUUAGACUUUAAGGAUAAAGUGGACCACAUCAUAGAAAUAUGCUUUCAGAAAAAUGAAAAAUUCAUUAACUUGAUGAAAGAAUCCUUUGAAACAUUUAUCAACAAGAGACCAAAUAAGCCAGCAGAACUAAUAGCAAAACAUGUUGAUUCCAAGCUAAGAGCUGGUAAUAAAGAAGCAACGGACGAAGAACUAGAACGAAUUCUUGACAAAAUCAUGAUAAUAUUCAGAUUUAUUCAUGGUAAAGAUGUUUUUGAGGCAUUUUAUAAGAAAGAUUUGGCAAAAAGACUCCUUGUUGGAAAAAGUGCUUCUGUUGAUGCUGAAAAGUCUAUGUUGUCAAAACUAAAACAUGAAUGUGGUGCUGCUUUCACCAGCAAGUUGGAGGGGAUGUUCAAGGACAUGGAACUCUCCAAAGACAUUAUGAUUCAGUUUAAACAGUACAUGCAGAAUCAAAGUGACCCAGGUAAUAUAGACCUGACAGUAAAUAUACUUACUAUGGGAUACUGGCCAACAUACACACCCAUGGAAGUGCAUUUAACUCCAGAGAUGGUUAAACUUCAAGAAGUAUUUAAGACAUUUUAUCUUGGGAAACACAGUGGUCGAAAACUUCAAUGGCAAACUACUUUGGGACAUGCUGUUUUGAAAGCAGAAUUCAAAGAAGGAAAGAAGGAGUUUCAGGUGUCACUCUUCCAGACAUUAGUGCUCCUCAUGUUUAAUGAAGGAGAUGAAUUCAGUUUUGAAGAAAUAAAAAUGGCUACUGGUGUAGAGGAUAGUGAAUUGCGAAGAACCUUACAGUCUUUGGCUUGUGGUAAAGCACGAGUACUGAUUAAAAGUCCAAAAGGCAAGGAUGUAGAUGAUGGAGACAAAUUCAUCUUUAAUGGAGAUUUCAAGCACAAAUUGUUUAGAAUAAAGAUAAAUCAAAUCCAGAUGAAAGAAACUGUUGAAGAACAAGUUAGCACCACAGAACGAGUGUUUCAGGAUAGACAAUAUCAGAUCGAUGCCGCUAUUGUACGAAUAAUGAAGAUGAGGAAGACCCUUGGUCAUAAUCUUCUAGUUUCUGAAUUGUAUAAUCAGCUGAAAUUUCCAGUAAAGCCUGGAGAUUUGAAAAAGAGAAUUGAAUCUCUAAUAGACAGAGACUAUAUGGAAAGAGACAAAGACAACCCUAAUCAGUACCACUAUGUUGCAUAAUGAAGACGACAACAGACUGUUUUUCAUAAAACACUAGAAUGUAUCUUCAGGACACUGAAACAUACCGAUGCUGUUUCCAGACCUACUUUCAGCAGAUUUUCAGGUUGAUGCAAAUGGUUCAAUCAGCUGCAUGCACUGCUGUGGAUGAAAAGCAAAGGAAAUGUUUCUUGGAUCAUCCUUUACAAGGCUUAGUGAUUUUUAAAUGGCAUAUGUCUCCUCCUCUCCCCCCAACCCCCAUUUUCCUCUUAUUCUCUUAGACCAUUAAGAUUGUUUCUACUGCUCUGUACAAAGUAAUUUUGAAGUUGGACAGGAAGAUACCAAUUAAAAGACAUUUCCUCUUGUGGACUUUUUUUUGUGACAAAACACCGAAAGUUUGGUUUGGAUUUGUGUGUGAUCAUGAAUGCACAUCAUUAAAAAAAAAAACAAAAACAAAAAAAAGACCCUAAAUGCUGCAUUCUC